AUGUCCAUCCAGAGGCAUUCUGGAGGUGCCAAGCUUGCGAAUAAUCGGCCCAUGAGACAGCCUAUCACCGAGGCUGCUAACCUUCAGCCUGUUUACAAUCAGCCGUCGCCCUUUUCCCCCAGCAAAUCUUCCGAAUAUAAAUGGCAGGGCUUUUCAAAAGAAACAGACAAAUCUGUGGGCGACAAAAAAGCCGCGAUAUCAGUCAAGAACCAUGAGCUCUUGACCCUUUAUUAUGAAAAGGCCUUCGAGAAUAUCCAGCAGACCAAUUGCCGGACUCUAGCUAAAGCCUAUGUCAAGCUCGUAGAGCCUCAGAAACAAGUGAACUACCCAUACAAUGGACGAAAGGUCAUCGCAGGCACUAAAAGCCAACUUGAUCCUAAUGAGACUAAGCCACCGUGGUGGCCCUCGAGAGUCACCCACCGGGAGCCAGAUCACCUUCCUAAAUUUGUUCAUAUUCUUUGCGAGCUGCGCACCAGCCAUGGGAUUUCGGUUGCAAAACUUAGAGAAGCCGACCAGCAAGUUCGCCAUCAGAUUAAUCCAUCUGAACGAUUGCAUAUCUUGGACGAGUUAUAUCGAGUCAGGCAACAAGAGGAGGAGUUCUUAGACGGACACAAUGGUUGGCUUUAUGACAUAUUCUUCAAUAAUGAGUUGUUUUAA